AUAUAUCUACUUGGAAGCGAGUUCAGCAUGGUCCUCAAAUCCCUAGUUUUGUCUUGCCUUUUGGCACUGACUUACAGUGCGUCAGUUCCCCAGAAAUCACCCGAACCGGUGGCAAUCCUGACACAAUCCAGAAGUUUGAACCCGGAUGGCAAAUAUGAGUGGUCCUUCGAGUCAGAGGACGGGAUCAAAGAAACACAGUCGGGAGAACCAAAGAAAGUCGGUAACGCGACAAUCAUAGUUGUUACGGGUUCGUACAGCUAUGCCGACAAAAACGGAACUCAACACAAUGUGAGUUAUAUCGCGGACGAGGAAGGUUAUCGGGCGGUGGGUAGUGAUAUUCCUGAAGUUGCUGAACCCGAGAACCAGCAAAAAUUAUCAUUUACUCGUCUACUUCGAAAACAAAAAAAAAUGGUCACGAAAGUGUUUUUGUUGUCUGUGUUGGUGACGGUGGCGCUGAGUGCCCCUCAAGAACCAAGCGCAAAGGAACCAGUGCCGGUUGUUGCGCAAGAGAAUGAUAUUGACGUGGCGAAUGGAAAGUUUAGAUGGAGUUUUGAAUCGGGAGAUGGAACCAAACAAGAACAAAAUGGAGAAAUUCGAGGUACUGGUGAAGAUGCGGGACCCGCUGUGCAAGGCUCAUACAGUUGGAAGGACACGGAAGGGAAGGAACAUUCCAUCUCAUAUACCGCCGAUGAAAACGGAUACAAGGCACAGGGAGAAGAUAUCCCCGUAACACAAGAGAUCCCUCAGGCAAUUCUCAAAUCGCUAGAAUAUAACGCGGCGCAUCCAGAACAAGAAGAAACUCAAAGCAAAACAUAACUUGCUGAUUCUACUGACUCACAAUAGGGAUAUUAAAGGCCGUGAUAUCUUCAAAUAUAAGUACUUCAUAAUUACAACAUGCUUAGAGAUGUAAAACUAUGUAGACUGAAAGUUAUAAUUUUGCUUUAUGCUCUAGGGUUUUACUAUAAGGAUAGUGUGUAUUCUGUGAAUAUGACUUUAGUUAAC